AUGGAUAGACUUAAUCAAUUAGCGAGCAGCUGCUAUUCACCAACAAAGUCUAAACCCACUGGGAAGAAUGGAAAGAGUACAAUCAAAUUUAUCGCACCAAAUGAUGAAAGACAUGUCGAACCGAUUACGUUGACGGUUGCACACUUUCUAGAUGCUUAUUCUAAAGGUAAAUGGAACCUUUCUAACGUACCUUGUCCACCUUGUUAUACAGAUCAAAGGUUAUUCCAAUCACCAGAAUGUUACAAUGAAUCCAGUAGAUUAAGACUAGUAGAACAGUAUCUGAGGUUACCCCACUGGAAAGAACGGCCAGUCUUCAAAAAAAUAGUGAGUAAAAUUAGAAAAGAGUUAGGUAUCAAUGGUGUAUCAAUAUCAACAGUCGAGAGCACCAGAACUAUUAUAAAGUUCGAGCAUCUACUUGAUAUGAGUGAUAUACCAAGGAUUGCUUCAAUUGAUUCACAUACAAUCUUGUCUCAAGGUUAUUUCUUAUUAUUGGAUGCUUCCAAAGAUUGGAGAACAAUGCAAAAUCCUUUUAUCACUGGGGUUCCCCAUAUCAAGUUUUAUCUUGGGGUACCUAUCCUCACGAAGAGCGGUGCUGCAAUAGGUGCACUUUCAAUCUUUGACUCUAUUGUCAAGAAAGAUUUUGCAAUUGAAAAAAUCAAAAUAUUACAAGGUUUUGCAAAGGAAAUCAUCAAGGUUUUAGAUACUCCCAUUGAACAAGUCAAAUCAGAAAAUGGGAAAGCAACGUUGAAUGAGGAAAUUGAUGGAAUUAAAAACUUGACUUUGAAAAUUGGAAGAGCUACCAGUAAAGGAGAACAGAUGACGAUUUUUGAAAAAGAUGGAUCUGGUGGACCAUAUACUCAAAAUCAUAGUUUCAGAUUUUCAAGAUACAACCGGAAUGAUCGAAACCAUCUUAAACAAAAUCAAUUAUUACUUGAAAAGUUAAUGAAUGCUGGAACUUUGAAAAACUCCGCCACUGCCCUUUCUCGAUAUAUUUCGACCACCUAUGAGGUAGACUUCGUAUACAUUUUGGAGAUUCGAAUUGCUGAGUUAUAUCAAAUCAAGAAGGAAUACUUCCCAAGUAAGGAAAAACAAGUGGAUAGUGAAAAGUUCAAACAUGCCAGUAAACUAGUUAGAGGUGAUAAAAGCGCCAAUGAUUACAUCACGAGAAUUAUUGGAGUUCAUGGGUGUAAUUACACGAAUUUAUCUUUUGAAAGUGAUAUACAUUAUAAUGCGUUUACUUCAGAGUUUGGAAUCUUUUAUCAUAGUAAUCGAGAAACUGCUUUAUACAACGAAGGUAUCAUUAUGCCUUUUUUCCGACACAAUUCUAAAAUAGUUAGAAAGCAUAGAAUUAAAAGCGCCAAUUCUGUUAAUGAAGAUGGUAAUAUUGAUGUGUUUUUAAGGUCAGGUGGGUACCUUAUUGGAUGUUUCAAUGAAUGUUCCAAGAAUGAAGCUUUCAGUGCCAAUAAAAUCUCGCUGAUGUUCGAAUGUGCUGGAAUUUUACGCAAGAUUUACAUUUCUAAUUAGAUUCAAAUAAAUAAAUAUUAUAAAUAGUACCAUUUCCAAU